CAGGAACAGGGAAGUCCUGGUUGAGCCUUAGAUUUGUUUGAAAAUGCGUCUCCUAACUGUCUGCAUUCUUUAAGGUGAAAAUAUGAGCCAAAAACAGCACCAUAAACGUAAAGUCAGGAAGAGUCGAGCUGGCACUGCUGAGUUUACAACAUGUGACUCCGUUUGGGAUGAAACGCUGCCCACUAGAGGAAGGAAAGAAAAAACAACGUUCCUGUGGCGUCCCGUGUACAGAGCUCCUUCCUUUCCUGUCUUUUUCUUCGCUGGUCACAGAACAUAUAUCAGAGUGCCGUCCAGAUGUUGUGAAGAUGAGUUACUUCACACUGGCGAGCUAGUUGACUUAAUGCACGUUCUACAAGACAUCCGCUUUAUUGGAGAUGCCCUCGCGAGCAAUGAUGUGUAUUCAGCACGAAUGAUUGCGUUUAUAGGCAGAGCUAAAGAGUCGUCCAUGCUCAGCUACAUCUUACACUUCAUUCACGCUGUAACUUCUGUUGCUCACUUUUUACUCCAACGUUUACGCCGUUCAGGUAUUUUCACAAGGAGUUACUGGAGGAACCAUGAAGCCCCGGAGGAAAUGGAGCAACUUGCUAUAUCUGAGCAAAACUCAGCUGAAUCCUCCCUGCGAGGCCAUUCCCACCUCCAACACCCACCAGAGUACUUCAGGAGCAGGAGUGACUCCAGCUGCUGGCCCUCACUGAGUCCAGGACACUCUGCAGAAAACAGGACAGGAGCAAAGAGCCUACCUGACAUGCUGUUAAAAAGCAGCUUUGAGGAGUUCACGCCUGAUGUCACUGCUGAUGGACACGAUGAAACCUACAGGUUCCAGUGCUCCUGCCCAGGCCUGUACCAGUGCAGUGUGACAGGCCUGGUGUUCCACAUGGAGGGAGAAGGGGACGUGGUUUACAGGAUCAUCCCUUGGAACAGGAGGCGACUGGCCCAGCAUCACAAGCAGCCUGCAGGACCCCUGUUUGACAUCAAAUGUGUGCAGCAGUCUGUGAGUCAGCUUCAUCUCCCACACUGUGAGAUCUCCUCCACAGGGGGGUGUGACUUCCUGUCAGUUGCUCAUGAGAUCGAUGACGGCGUAGAGUUUAUCGCCCCUCAUAAGAUAACAGAAACACACGUUAUCAUCAACAUCACAGGGUUCUCUGGUUUCGGGAAUGUCAAGGACGACGACUCACCACCUGACCCGGUCCGAGCGCUGGUUCUGCUGUUCUACAGGCCGCCGGUUGAUCCUGAGCUCACGUCCCUCCUCAAUGUGUUGCUGCUACCGAGGAACGUCGUGCUGCGGGAUGUGCUGCGCACCAGGAGGAAAUUAGUUGGAGAUGAGACCUACAUAGAGACGUCCCCGCACUGUAAACUGCAGCCAAAGCAGGAAUACACUCUGUCCACUAGUCUGGAAGACGAGUCCGUUCUAGUUCAACCAACAGAAGCAGAGUUUGACUGCGACAACUACGACAACUACUUCCCAUCAUUCCAGGUGUAUUUCGAGAAGAUCAUGAAACACGUGAAGCUGCUGCUGAGAGAAGCCAACAGCUCCUGCAGCGUCUGGGAGAGACGAGUUUGUCUCUCGUCCACUGGAGUGACGCGGUCCUGUGGGCCGAGCGCUCUGAACCUCCCUUCAGAUAAGAAGCUGUUCGACGUCCGGAGCAGCUUCAUCGAAGGGAUAUCAGGACCUGUUCUCAAGAGUCUGCUGGACAAACUGCUUGAGAAAAAGGUGUUGAGUGAUUCUGAGAGGGAGUCAGCAGACGACAUGCUGAACAGAAGAGACAAAGCUCGUUUUGUCAUCGACACAGUGAGGCAGAAAGGUGACGCUGCAAGUUCAGAGAUGAUUAAGUUCCUGUGUGAGGCCGACCCCUUCCUCUGUGAACACCUUGACUUGAGCUGAAGCUCAAUGAACCGGUGAUGGAUACAGUUUGAAACUGAUCAUCCUGUAUUUUUUUAAUCUAAUCAUGACCUUGUGGGUUUGAAGUUGAACAAUGUUUUUCAGUUUGGUGUCAAGUUAAUCUUUAGGGACACUCACUGUCCCUCCUGGGAAACAACAAAGUUUUAUUUUAUUGUACUUAAAUUAUCUUAUUUUACUGUAUCACAAAGUAACUCUCUUUAAUUGAUUUUAUAUCUUCCUCGGCCAGCAGGGGGCAGUAUGUCCUUGCUAAUGGUCAGUGAUGGUUGGGGCUCUGUGAUGUGAUGAUGUGAGACUGCUGUUUAAAAUGCUGCUCUGACAGUUUGGCUCUUUGAGAUGAUUCAUCACAAAAAUUAGAUGAUCUUUUUAUAUAUUUGCACAUCUUGUCACAGAUUUAUUGGUAUCAGCAAACAUGUUGAACAGUAAGUAUUCAGAGGCUUUUUUCAAAUGUGAAAUGUCCGGCUCAGUGCAUCACUGAAUAUUCA